AUGCAAGCAACACGGAGACUGCUGCAGCACAGGCAGCCAUUGAUCAAAUUUGUUGGAAGACGGCAUCAAAUACCACAAAAGAUCGACCACGCACCAAUCGCACACCCCGCGGCACCCUCGUCCGAGCUCCCAAAGUCCUUCGCACAAUACCGAGAGGAAGCGACACAGCAUGGGCCUCUCAAAGGCGGCCAGAAAUCCUCCACAGCACCCAGCGGCGGCAACCCAGGCACAGUAGGAGGCGGAGGUGCGAAGCCACAAUCGCCAACGAACCCAUACGGAUCGAUCGGAGGCAAGAGUGCGAGAGAACUGGGUCCUAUCAGGGCAGGCAAGGGAGAGGUACUGGACAGGAAUGACCUGCCACGGAGAUUCCAGCGGGUACCGUGGAGCCAAGCAGAGAUUGAUGCGAUUGAGAGCGGUGGAGCCAGCAUGUUCGCGUGA